CCUUUUCUGCCCGAAGUGUGAGACUUUAUGCUAGUUGCCGUAUAUCCUAUAGAGGUUGUGUUAGCGACAUUUCGUCAUUGUAGGAAGCACUGUAUCAAUUCCAGUAGUUUUUUCCGAGUUACAUGACGCAUUGGUGUUCUAACGAUUGUUUUUUUUGUUACAGAUGACAGGGAAACGCACAAGAAGCUUUAAAUGUGCCGUACAUCACAGGGAUCGUUUUGUUUCUUCUUUGAACGACUUCCAUCUCCUUUUGGUUGAACCUCCACUUUUUCGCAGGAUGGUUACAAUCAUCGCAAAUGAAUUUCUAACAGAUGACAGAGAUAGAAAGUAUUAUGCCGACAACUAUAGCUGUUGUCCUCCGCCAUUUUUUAUAAUUAUUAUCACAUUAGUUGAGUUAGGAUUUUUUACAUACUACUCAGUAACCGCUGGUGAGCUAAAUCCAACGGGACCAGUGCCUAUCGACUCCAUAUUUAUCUAUAGACCAGAUAAAAGAACUGAAAUAUGGAGGUUUCUAUUCUACAUGAUGUUACACGCCGGCUGGCUCCACCUGUGCUUCAACCUGAGCGUCCAACUACUUGUAGGCCUUCCCUUAGAGAUGGUACACGGCACCGGUCGUACCGCUCUCAUCUACCUCAGUGGAGUACUGGCUGGUUCCUUGGGCACCUCCGUGUUCGACGACCGCGUCUACCUGGUCGGCGCGUCAGGCGGAGUGUACGCGCUUCUAGCCGCGCACUUAGCAAACGUACUCAUCAACUACGAUAGCAUGCGAUGCGGCGUGCUGAGGUUACUCGGGAUUUUCGCUAUUGCAUCCUGUGACGUGGGUUACGCGAUCUACUCCCGCUACGCGUCCUCGGAUAGCCUUGUGGGGGGCCCAUCGACAGUAGGCAUGACCUCCGAGCUGCCAGUGUCGUACGUGGCGCACCUUACGGGGGCUUUGGCCGGACUCACUAUCGGUCUCAUCGUUCUCAAGAAUUUCGAGCAAAAAUUGCACGAACAGCUGUUGUGGUGGGUCGCGUUAGGCGUGUACGCGGCGUGCACCAUUUUCGCGAUACUCUUCAAUGUCAUGAACCCUGUGGAGGACCGCCCGCCUAUGGAGGAUCUCGGAGACGGAGUAGGAGGAAGAUUCGUCUCUUUCGGAAAAAUGGGUGUAUAACCUCCGUAGAUACCAGAUUGUAGAUAAAGAAGUGAUGUUCCGUUUGUGAUUUGUGAAACUUCAUAAAUGGUGAGAUGUAACACCAAAAAAUAUAACACAAAUCUUGCAAAACCCCACUAUGAACCGACUUCAAAUCACACAUGCAUGCCAUAUUCCCCUAAGAUGCUGUAUCAAACAAAGUACGGGUAAAUAAUAUCCAACUGUAUUUUUAUUAUCAGUUGGUUAAGCUGUGAUUACACACUUUGUUUUGAAAGAGAAUGCAAAAUUCGUAAACGUAAUACAGUGCUGGCCAAAGUCAUUUCAUGUGUACGAGACACAAUGAAAUCUGAAAGGGAAAACGACUUUGGCAAGUACUGUAUAAUAUACUCAAGUCUCAUUUCAAUAAUUUUCAUACACAAUACAGGAAUGCUUAGGAGUGGAAUAUUUUCAUUUUGUGCGGUUUUAACACAUUGUAUGUGAUGUACGUAGGUCUACAGUUGUGAAUAAGAAACAUCCACAUUUUUUAUAAAUGAUCAAAGAAUAGCCUUAAAAGACAAACCUAUCUUCCACACGUAUCAGAAUUUUCUAGAUGGCAUUUUUCUGAUUAUAAAUGUACUUCAUUUUGGAUUUUUCAAACAUUAAAAACUGUAGAUAGUUCUAAAAUAUAUCAACCUAUGGAUAGGAUCUUUGUAAUACUUUUGAAAAAAUUGUGUCUAUUGUGCAUUUUUGAAUGUAAAUAAUGUACUGAUUUUUUUGUAUUUUUAAGCUCAAUAAUAUUGUGGUUGAUUUGUCAUAGUCGCUGGAAAUGUUAAAUUACGUUCUUUUUUCUAGUUCAUAUUGUAUAUAUCGUUUAUUGUAUAUAAUUUAAUACUAUUUAUUUGAUAAUUUAUACCAAAGACUGAAAUAAUAAUUUCAUAUAAUUUAUUUGUUAGUUUAUUGUAAGGAACUAUUGUCAAUUUAUGUCAUUUACAGUCGUAUAAGUUAUUUUCCACUCAAGUAUUUGUUGUUAUAAAAUUUCAUAUGUCAAAGAUUCAAUUAUAAAUCAAUAUUGAUUCCCAGAAAAGCAUACAAAAUUAUGCAAACUAUAUUGUUUACAACUAUAAUCUUGAUUUAAUUGAAUUGACAAUAAUUUCCCUUAAAAGAGUGAAUGUUAAUUUUUACUCGUAUCUAAAAACUGCCUUUCCUGACACUUUCAGAUUUUUCGAGAAAAGUAUCUUGUAUGUUCAUCUGAAAGUGUUAAAGAGCAACCACCAGAAUGAUGUAUUUAUUUAAUUCUUUCAAACAAUUCCCCUCAAUUAUAACGGUUUGAAAGGAUAGUUUGCUCCCGUUUUUUUCCAUCAGAAACAGGGGAGGGUGUCUUAGAAGUUCGGCCUCCCCCUGAAAUAUCAGGGUUCAAAAAAGUGUUGAAGGGUUUUUUAUUUUCAGACGCCCCUAGUGUUCAUCAAUUUUCAAUCGCCAUGAAUGAUUUCCUCCAUUUCAAAUUCAUCAUAUGGACCCCUUCUCCCAAAGAAAACAUUUUCUAGAUCCGCCCCUGAUGGAACAUGGGAACUAGUGAUGUGUAGUUUGCGAACGAACUACUUCAAACGAACGAUUGUUAUGACUGAACUAAGUGAACUACUUCUUCAAAACUCUUUCACUCAUUAAUCACGAACGACUGGUAUUACAGAAUCCUGAUUAUCCAAGCAAAGUGAACAAAUGAAAACUAAUCCGGGCAAUAUCUUCUUAACAUUGAUGGGAAAAUAUUAUGGUUCGAAUUUUUGCACAAGCUUAUUCAAAAAAAAAUCAACGAAUCUGCCAGGCCCAAAUUUGGGUCAAUUUUUUUCUAAACAUAAUUUUUUUUUCGCUCGUGUCAAAAUUCAUUAAAAGGCCCCCUUUUUGAAUCAGAAUAUUUUCCCCAUCAGAUGCGAAGAUAUUGCCCUGACUGAAUGAGAGAGAAGACAAGGCACCAGUGUAGGCAACCAAGUAAGCAGAAGGUUGUAUAAUUGGUUACCUGGAUGCACUCCUGGUUAACAAGGAUAUUGAACCGAGUAGCAACAGUUAGUAUUAAAUACUGAUAGCAGUGAUCUGAGACGUUUGGUUAAACACAAAAUAUAGUAUAUUCAAAAAAAAAUAUAGCUAAUGGAGAAAUUAGAACAAUACUAAAAUAAAAAUGUAAAUUAACUACAAGAUUCCAUUUAAAAACAUUGUUUUUUUUUUACUUUAUCGGCUUUUAGGCACUUUCUUCAAUCUGACAAGACUUGUCCAGCGCAAAUAUUAACAAUCUCAAAUAAUCUGUCAUAGACUUUUUAUUUCUCAUUUUAGAGAUCGUCUAUUUUCAGUAUAAGCGGUUCGUUAAAAUAUAUAUCCAGUUCGUUAAUCCCUGCUACCACUGGAUUUUGAACCCCAGAAAGACGUUUUACCUCAAAGUCAAAAUCGUUACAAAGGUCUGGGUCUGUUUUCUUCUUCUUUACUCUUUACUCAUGGCUUUCAUCAGCGAUACCAAAAAAUAAGACCGUUCUUCCCGAAUUAGGGAACCCACCCUAAUCAAAUUAUUUAUUAAAAAUCUUCUUCUGAACUCCCGAAGCGGUUAUCCAUCCAGAUACUAACGAUCGGAUAACUCGUUAUAUAUGGUAUCCUUCAUAAAAUAGUUCGUUCGCGAACUAGCCCGUUUUAGACCACCCAUUGAGCUAGUUCACCAAAAUGAACUAGAAAGCACAUCACUAAUGAUCAUGGCUAAUUUCAGAUUUUUCAGAUCAGACUAAUAAAUGAAUCUACAUAGAGGCACUUAUGUAUAUUUAGCAUACUUUUGUGUACCAUGUUUGCGAAGAUAACUUGAUAAAGUUGAAAGAUUUCAUGUCUUUCGUUUGGAAAAAGUACCUCUAAAAUGGUUCACUUCUCAUUUAUGUAAACAAAAAUUCCAGUCAGAAUUCAAAAUGCAUUCCUUCAAAGACAUGUUUUUCUUGAGGAAAGAAAUGACGAGCAAAACUAAUUUCUGAGUGAUAUUGUAACUAGUCAUAAAAUGUAUAAAAAUUAAACAAAGCCUACCAAAGAAAGUGCUAGUUAAUACAAUAUUUACACAAUAAAUCAAUAUGCAGCGCCUUAAUCUACUGGUAGAUAGUUUACACACAAAGAAAUUGUAUUUUUUUACACUCAGGUAGAUUAUUACACUUGUAUGUCAGAGAGGUAUUUGAUAAUGUUCAAAGAAUUUAUGCCUUUUUUAUUCCAUUCUCCUUUGUUUUGUUAUUGUUUAUCAUGUGGAAUGCCUAAGUGAUUAGUGAAA